AUGAAGAGAGUUCUUCUUUCUAUUUAUUUGUCACAAGACCUGUAUUUAUUGUCUGCCUUUAGAGUGAGUGGGGCUGGAGUAUCACGUGGCAGCCAGUACGGUGUGUUUGGGACAGAAAAGAUAAAGGAUCCCAGGCCCCUGCAUGACAAGGCAUUCAUCCAACAAUGUAUCAAGAAGCUCUGUGAGUUCCUUGUUGAGAACGCUUAUGCCUACAGUGUUUCCGUGAAAUCGCUACAAUCUCCAUCAGUUAAGGACUUUUUAAAGAUCUUCACCUUUAUCUAUAAAUUCCUCUGCCCUUCUUACGAAUUGCCUGACUCAAAAUUUGAAGAGGAAAUUCCCAAAGUUUUUAAAAACCUUGGGUACCCCUUUCCUCUGUCAAAAAGCUCCAUGUACACCGUGGGUGCACCCCACACCUGGCCUCAGAUUGUGGCAGCUUUGGUUUGGUUAAUUGAUUGUGUCAAGCUGUACAAUGCCAUCAGGGAAAAUGCACCAUCGUUCGAUGACAGACAGAGCUGGGGAGGAGAGACGGAUGAUGGCAUCGUACAUAAUAAGCUUUUCAUGGACUACUGUGUGAAGUGCUAUGAUCUUUUCAUGAAAGGGAGAGAUACAUUUGAAGAGUUGAAUGCUGAAGUGCAGUCAAAAUUAAAGGAUUUAUUUAAUAUAGAUCAAUCCCAGAUGGAAAGUUUAGCAACUGAAAACAAAAGACUUCAAGAAGAGAUUGCAAGAUUAGAAAAAGAAAAGGAAAGCGAGCCGGAUCGUAGAGUAACGCUACGAAAUGUGAAAUCGUCUCUUCAAGCAGAUGUCCAGAAAUACCAGGCUUAUUUGGCUAGUCUGGAAUCUCAUAUAGGCAUCCUUGAUCAAAAACUGGAAAGUCUUAAUGAUGAAGUUGAGACAGCAGAAACGGAAGUAGAAGCAAUGAAGCAGGAGAAUGCCCGGCUCCAGCACAUCUUAGAUAACCAAAAGUACUCAGCUGUGGACAUUGAGAGAAUAAAUCAUGAGAGAAAUGAACUGCAGCAAACCAUUAACAAGCUGACUAAGGAACUGGAAGCAGAAGAACAUCAGCUGUGGAAUGAAGAGCUAAAAUAUGCUAGGCAUAAAGAGGCGAUUGAAAUGCAACUGGCAGAGUAUCAUAAAAUGGCUCGAAAGCUGAAAUUAAUUCCAGUAAGUGCUGAGAAUUCCAAAGGCCACGACUUUGAGAUUCAGUUUAAUCCUGAGGCAGGACCAAAUUGCCUAGUCAAAUACAGAGUUCAGAUCAAGGCUCCCCUCAUGGAGAUCAUCAAUGAGACUGAGGAAGAAAUUAGUAAAGCUACUGAACGGAAAAUGACUUUGGAGGAUACUUUGGAACAGGUGAAUAUAAUGCUGGAGGACAAGAAACGCAGUGUGAAAAUGCUGACAGAAGAAGCUGAAAAGUUGGAUGAUCUUUACCAGGAGAAGCUUAAGGAAAUAGAAGAGGAAGAGCAAAAAUGUGCAAAUGAAUGGGAAUCGUUGAAGAAGCAUAAACAGUUACUUGAGAGUGGUGUCUAUGAAGGUCUCAGUGAAGCCACAAAUGAAUUGCAUGAUGUCCAACGACAAUAUCAAGUUGUUUUGCAAACAACAACAGAAGAGAAGAGAAAAACUGAUGCUAACUUGAAUCGUCUUAUAGAAACAGUUGCUACUCAUAUAGCAUCUAUAGUGAAAUACAUUGAUGAACAGAAUGCGAAAAUUUACAGAGACUACGAAGAACUUAUGUCUGAAGAUCUGUUGUCAGACUUGACCAGCAUCCUGGACAGUUAUAAAAAGAAGGCUGAAAGUGUCUAAUCACUAGAACGGUGAAGAUAAAAAUGUUGCAUUUCUGAAGUGCUGGUAUGGUGCUUUCCAAAAGGAUGGGUACUACCUGUGUUUAGCACUGAAACUGGUUUUAAGCAGAAGGAAAUAGUUAUGAAUGUUCUUUGUUUUAUUGACACAAAUACAUUAAAGAAUUAAACAGUAUAUUUGCAUUUUCUUAAAAAUGCUUUGCUCAGACUUCGUACUUUCAAUAGCAUAUAUAUGCAUUUAGGACACGCAUGACAGACAGUUCACAUCCUUCCCCAAGCCUUAUUUUACUAGCAAGACUAAAUGUAAAUAUCUGUCUCCUGCUUGCUCAGUUACCUAUGAAGCUGC